AUUGUAAAAGUGGCCAUGUUCUUAUUCACUAUCUUCAUUCUUGUAGGGCACUUUGAGUCACUGGACCUUGCGGAAUAUGCUAAGAAGCAGCCAUGGUGGCGCAAGCUGUUCGGGCAGGAAACUGGGCCCUCAGCUGAAAAAUACAGCGUUGCAACACAGCUGUUAAUCGGAGGUGUCACUGGGUGGUGCACAGGUUUCAUAUUCCAGAAGGUUGGAAAAUUGGCUGCAACAGCUGUGGGAGGAGGAUUUUUUCUCCUUCAGAUUGCAAACCACACUGGCUACAUCAAAAUUGACUGGCAACGGGUAGAGAAGGACAUGAAGAAGGCCAAGGAACAGUUGAAGAUCCGCAAGAGCAACCACUUACCUACAGAGGUGAAAAGCAAAGCCGAGGAGGUGGUGUUGUUUGUGAAGAAGAAUGUUCUAGUGACUGGUGGAUUUUUCGGAGGCUUUCUGCUUGGCAUGGCAUCCUAAGGAGGACCUCCUCUCUUCCGUUAUUCCCGGUUUCUGUACCUAGACCAGCCUCUACACUCCAUCAUAGGACAUCAAGUCUCCUCCUCUUCUCCUGUGCCUUCUUCCCUGCUAUAGCAUAUCUGAAUGGCUUCUAUAGGCAUCUGUUGAUACGAACUGAUAAUGACCCUACUGUGAGCCUCGUGACAACAACGGAAGAUACAAUAGACCACCUGUCCUCCCAGAACACUCCCCACUUGACUGAGCUGUAGGUCAGGAAUGUUCCUUUCCCCCCGACAUAAGAUACUUACUAGCACAGUGCAAUAUAGCUCACUGUGGAGGAUGAGUGGAUUCUCAAAGGUGCCCCAAACUUGAAUUAGAACAGGAAUAACAAGCACAUAGAUACCUUAUUAUGUGCGGCAUGGAAAGGAACUGAAUACAUUUGCAUUUAAGCAUGAAAGAUUUUUGGUGUCUACUUUCUUUUUUAGUUGGUUUUGGAUUACAAAAAGAGGUAUUUAUAACUGUUAAAAUUAUCCUGACAAAAUGGUGGGAUAAACAGUAUAAUUGAAAAAUUAUGAAUGUAGAAUGAACUUGUGCUGAACAUGUGAUGAACUGAAGAUAGGGUGUUUGGUGGGAAAAAGUUUAGGGAAAUCAACCAAUAGAUACAUCAUUGGAUAAUCAGACUUAAUGAAUCAUUUGGGGGCAUUAAGAUGUUAUCCAGGGAUGGGGGGUUUCCACCAUACAGGACAAUACGUCUAAUGGCUAUUCCCAAAGCGUUUAUUUAUGGUCAAAUAAAUGACUUUAGCUGGGA